AUGGAAAACUCUGCAGAGACUGGCAAGUGCAGGUUCACUGAAGUCUGGAGGUACCCCUGUCGCACCAGAGAAGCUCACACUCCCAUGUACGUCCGCGAACCUGCUCGUAAACCUCCUCUGGCACUGCCGCGACAACGUUCGCCGGCCCAUCCCCCCGCUCCCGCUCACGUAGGUGUCGACAUGUGUGUGCGGCAGGUUGGCGGAGUCUCUGGAGUGGCUCAAGCGGGCGACCACGAGUUUGACAAUGACUCUAUUUCCGAAAGGGCGCCCGCUCGCCAGUCGACGGCAGCAAUGAAGCCGCGCCCCCCGAGCGACGCACCCGUUUCGACCAUAUUCGCCCUCGGUCUAAGCGACGUCGACGAGCUUCUCCAAGAUCUGACAGAAGCCUUUCCCGAGAAGAAACCCUCCUCCCCCGCACGGUCGUGCGCCGGGCUGAUGACUGCCCGCCGCUCCCCCUCUGCCGGGCAGUUGUCGUCCUCGCUUGGACAUGACUCGUCGAGUUCAGUGUCGCUGCGACUCUCCGCCAGCACGCCUUUGCCUGAAAACGCUUCCCGGAGUCCUCAAACGGGCGCCCUUCCGGCCUCCCUCGGCCUGAGGCUCUCGAAGGCUGACUCGCAGGGUUUCAGCCCGUCACAGCCGCGCCUCGCCAACGUGGAAAGCGGAGUGAAGUCUCCAAGAGAUGCCUCGCUGAUGUCGCAAACCUGGGGUGUCGCGGCGUUGACCCCAAAGGCGACUUCUUCAUCUACGCAGCCGCGGGCAGACAACUGCUCCGGCACUUUAGCCACUCCAGUCGCCUACCACGAGCGCCUGCCGGCGUCACGUUCCGCGUGCGACUCGCAGGAGUUGACACCCGCCAAGGGGCUCCAAGACGAUGACCUCACCGCUUUGCUUCCAGACGGGCGAAGCAAGCGCCUGUCGCCGUCUGAACGUUUAGCUAACGCGGCAUGCACCACGGGGACUCCUCCGCCCACGAGCGCCGCGCCUCUCUUGACGCGAAGCCUGGUUCAGGCUGCCAACGACUCCACCAAAAGUACUUAA